CAUGUGUGAACCAUGGCCGCCGAUUCCCUGUCUUCGACGCUAGUGGCAAGCGCCGCUGCGAUAGAAGAGCAUGACUGGACUGCCAUGGCGCGGGAUUUCGAUAUAGUCUUUGACGGUAAGCCAUAUCUACAGAAGCCGAUGCCUAUGAAUGCCUGCGAUAUCCCUUUCCGGCAGACGGUCCGCUUGUAGCUAGGUACAGACAUAUGCCCAGGUUCAUCUCCAGUAAGAAGCGUAUAAUCAUUCGAUGAGAGUCUACUAUUUCAGCUAUGUCAUCCUGCAGCACCAGUUCUCCAAGCACGCACAGACUUUCUCGCUGUCUACCUGCGCCUUGACAUGUCUACUCCACGACAUCGCGGUCACAUCUUCCAACCUGAGGGCUAACCGGAAAAAAUCACCUGCCUAGGCCAACUGAUCCAGCUCGCCACCAUCUACGAUAACAUAGGCGAGCGAUCGGAAUUAGUCAACCAGCAGACACGGGACGGGCUCGUGGCUGCGUUCCCCCGCAAAGGAUGGAACUCGUGUUUGACGGCUACGAUUAGGGAGGAGAACUGGUUGAAGCCUUGGGCGCACACUACCGCUUUG